AUGACGUCGACUAGUGGGAGUGUGAACAACCCACCCCAUAUGUCUAAAUUGGCAACAUCGGAAUCAUCGACGUACGGGACUGGGUCACCGCAUGGAUCGCCGCGAUUAGUGAUGGCACACCACCUGCCUAGCGUCUUGUCGCCAUAUCGCGACUCGUCGUCACGCUUCCAGUCUAUUGGAAGUCCACGAACGAGUAGUCCACGUAUCAGUGUAUUGACACGAGAAGCAUCAUUUGGAUCGCUACAUUAUCCAGCAUCAUCUUCGCGCCCAGCAUCACCAUCAACGAGUCAUAUGCCAGAACGCUCUUACUCGCCAUCACCUAGCUCAGGUGCCCAGUCAGCAGCUGCACGAAUGUCAACACGGCCAUUGCCACCACGGCGCUUGUCUGAUACGUCCCGGCUUGUGAGCUCAGCUCUGUCACAGGGUGCGAGCGGAUGUGCUGGCCUAUCUCAUCCAGCAGGGGCCUCUGAUAUCACCAUGUUUGACGAUGCACCGGGAUCGCCACGACCUCCGCUUUCUCCUGGCAUUUUGCCCCCUCAUCUAUCGGGUCAAACCAAUACCGGUCUUGCGUCAGCACCGCUUCCGCGCUCGCCCUACGAUACAUACGCGGCAAAUUCGCCCUCGCGCUAUGGCGAGCUUUAUGCACCGAGUCCGAAGCGAGAUGUGUUCCGCUUUAAUGCAGCGCCAGCUGGAGCACCAGGAUGGCGCUCAUCAUCAUCUGCAUCGCUCGCCACAGGUCGUGGCGAUGGCUCGCCUUGGUAUGAGAAUCGGAACUCUCCAUUCGCAUCCAGCUCUGUACGUGCGGGUAGUUCAGGGCUUGGAUCUCGGCCGGGCAGUGUGAGUGGCGAUGAGGAUGCCCACUCAUACCGGAUGAGUAACGAUGUUCUGCCACCGGAGGAUGAAGCGGCUACAUCUGUUCGGCCGUCUCCUGCAUAUACUCCGUACGGACGCACGCCUGCGUCGGCGGCGGCAGCAGCAACGACGGCUGGAAUGCCUGUGCGCUCCGACUCGUCUGGCUACAGUUCGCCGAUGUAUCGAGCAUCCGCAUUACCUAAUGCACCAUCGCCAUACUUGGCGAACUCCACACCCACCGUUGCGUAUCCGCCUCGAGGCAUGGCGUACCGGGCCGCAGAAUGGCAAGGCGAUAUGUACGCGGACCAUGCUGCUGAUUCGUACGGCUUGCGCAGCAGGCCAAAAUACGAAAACGAUGUGUACGCAGCAGACACCCCGCCUGCGGGUUCGUAUCCGGAUACGUACUACAAUCCUCCCUACCCGCGUGGCACGCCGAAUAGCAUGCCGUACAAGUACUCUUCGGCAGCCGCGAGUGUCACACGUUCCGAUGUAGACAUGUCGUCGGCUGAUGAGCGCUCAGGCGAUGACGAGAAAAUGAUGCAUACGCCGAGGCGCUACGUGGCCAAGCCGUCUGCUCUAGCCUCGUCGGCGACGGCGUCUGCCACAGGGCUUGGACUGGGGCCAGGCCCCGUGCAACCUGCACCUGGAUCGGGAUCAGCGGUGCACAGGUUUGUUACUGGACACGGGUUAGGGUCAGUGCCAGCAACGUCAACAGCUACACUUCCUUCCGGAUCAGGUCCCGCGCCGUCGUCUUCACCAGCUGUUUUGGGGCCAACGGCGUCGGCCAUGACAUCUGGCUUGCCAGAGAGCGACUCAGGCGGGCCUAAGCUGCAUGUGUGUGAUGCUUGCAACAAGACAUUCAGUCGGCGCUCCGACCUCGCGCGUCACCGCCGCAUCCACACUGGUGAGCGGCCGUACCCAUGCGAGUUUCCUGGGUGUGGCAAAAGCUUUAUCCAGCGGUCCGCAUUGACUGUGCAUUCGCGCGUCCACAGUGGAGAACGGCCACAUCAGUGCGAGUUUGAGGGAUGUGGAAAAAGCUUUUCCGACAGCAGCUCGCUGGCUCGCCACAGACGUACCCACACAGGCCGCCGUCCGUACGUUUGUACGGUGCCAUCAUGUGGCAAAAUGUUCACGCGACGCACGACAUUGAAUCGGCAUGUUCGAAGUCACCAAAUGCCUUUAAAGAAGGGCACGGCUGACGCCGCGUUUAUCGACGACGCGCCCGAGAGUGAGGAGGAGGACGACGACGAUGAUAGCAGUGAUGAUGUUCAUUGA